AUGAGGGGGCCGUUGCUGGUGCUGUGCCUGUUUUUGGGUCAAUGGGUUUGUGGGGAGAGCCGUGAUGUCCAGCGCCAGCGCGAGACGGUGACGCCCGACUACGCGAUUUACCACAACGUCUCCAGCGUGUUGCACGAGAUUGAUGCGCUCGUCAGCCGUUCCGAGUCGCUGCUGCACUAUGGCAAACUGUAUGAAUCGACCCAAGGUCGGCUCAUACCUUCCGUCAAGAUUCGCAAUGCCAGUGGCAUCAGUGCUGGACCCCAUGGCCGUCGAAUCCAAGUCUUAAUUGUAGCGGGCGAGCACGCUCGGGAGCUGGUACCCGUCGAAUGGGUUCUCACGUUGCUGAGCACGGCCCUCGUAGCCGAACACGCCCCGCAGGACUCCGCCCGGGGAAAACUGAUGCGCUGGCUCCUCUCCAAUUUUGACCUCACAGUGAUUCCCCUGCUCAACCCAGAUGGCCGAGCACACCUUGAAAGCUCCCUCAACUACUGCUGGCGUGGCAAUGCCCGGGGCGUUGACCUCAACCGCAACUUUGACUGGGACUUUGGCGGCAAGGGCGCCAGCCUCAACCCGCUCGAUGAAGAAUACUGUGGCACACAUGCCCUCAGUGAAGUGGAGGCCCGAGCCCUCCGCGACCACCUCACCCGCGAGUCUUUUGAUGUUUUUAUCAGCCUUCACAGCGGCACCCGCCAAAUCUACUUGCCCUACAGCGACGGCAUCUCCUGGUCCUCGGGUCGCCAACCUCGCUUUCACACCGACAUGAUUUCCAUCCUCCGCACCGCCCUGCGUCUUCACUCGUCCCAAAUUCCUGACCGUUCCUUCCAGGGCGGAGCCGCUCAUCAGCUCCUCGACUAUCCAGCCUCCGGUACCUCCUUUGAUUACGUCGUCGGCCGUGAGCUGGCGCCCCUUGGUUUUGCCGUUGAAGUAUAUGGAAACCUCAGCCACAAAUCUGACGGUUGCUUUGACAUCUUCAACCCAGUGGCCACCGAAUUGCCCGCUGCAUUGGCCGUUGCCGACACAUUCAUGGUCGCAUUGCUCAAGGCUGUUCAAAUGCAUUGGACAAGCACUCUCAACACCUGGCACGAGCGGCAGCGCUCACUACCGCUUGACAACCAAAUCGAAGCCAGCGCCUACCAAGCUCCCUGGACCAUCCUGCUGAUUUGCGCCGCCAUCUUGGGAGGUCUUGUCUUUAUGCAGCGCAAGUCAGUUCUCUUGCCCCAUCUACCCCCUGUAACUCACACUGUAAUGUAA